CUCUAAUUUCUGACUGACUGAGAGAGGCAGAGGCUGAUUGGCUCUUUCUUUUCCGCUCGUAAAUUCUCUCUUGUUCUAAAUUAGGAUUAUAAUUAAUUUCUGAUUUCAUUAUCCAUAUCCUGUAUCUGUUUCUUCUUCUUCUUCUUCUCCUCCUUCUUCAACAAAUUUCCCUUCUGCAACAUUUUCCUUCCUUUUCCAUUAGUUUUCCUUUCUCCAUACUGAAAGUUAGGGUUUCCUCUCCUCGUCCCAUCACUUUGACAAUAACCAGGAACCCGCAUUUACUUUUAUUCCUCCUGAAAGAAUUCUCCGCAGCUUCCAAGGUCGAGGUGAAUUGGAGCUAUUUCCAUCAGAAUUCGAUUAGGGAUUAGAUUAUUUUCCUUUUUUGUUUUUGUUUUUGUUUGCUGUUCCCUUUUUUGAGCUUCAUCCUGAAUAUUGGACGCUGGGAGGUUGAUUUUUGUUUUUCCUUUUCAGCUCUGUCCAUUCCACUUUCGUUUCUUGCUUUGGUUUCAUAGGCCUUAGGUUGAGGAUGUCUGGUUAUGCGAUUGCAAUGAGUGAGAAUUGGGUGCGGGGGCCGUGGAUUGAACAAGGGUUGUGGAUUUGAAAGAAAAGGCAAGGAAUUCUUGGUUGGUUUUGUGGGAACUGUGAGGAUGACAGACUUUCAACCGGUACAGCAAAAACCUGAGUCCACUACCACAAAUGAUCCUCGUGUGGAAUUUGAAAGGGGAUGGGAGGACUUGAUGCGAGGGCCCUUAGAUGAUUGUAUGUCAUUUGCAUCUUGUAGCUCUGCUCGUACUCCAGACGAUGAGGAUGACAACGAGGGGGAUCAGCUUGUUCGUAGGAGACGAAGGUCGGAUCUUGAAGGCGAUGAUCUGGCCGAGUCUUCAGCUGCUAGGAGGCGCCAUUCUCGCAUUCUCAGCAGGUGGGCUGCUCGGCAGGCACAAGAGAUGAUGAUUACCACAAUCGAGAGGAGGAAUCGCGAGUCGGAGUUAAUGGCGCUUGCAGGUCUCCACACAGUGUCAAUGCUUGAUUCCUCGUUUUUAAGGGAGCCACAAUCACCCCCACCGUCCACUUCUAGAAGGCAGGGAGGGACAGCUGAAAGGCCGAGUACUCGAGCAUCAGCAAUUUUGCAAAUGUGGAGGGAGUUGGAGGAUGAGCAUGUGUUGAGCAGGGCCCGUGAAAGGUUGAGGCAGCGGAGGAGUGUGGCUUCUACUACCACAAAUGAUGCUUCCACUACCAACAUGUCUGAGGCUCGAGGAGAAAGUCAGAAUCAGGGAAGUGUGGGGGAGAGUGAUACUGAGUUUGGACCCUGGUCGCCUGAGCAACUGGUUUCCCGUACUGAACGUGGAGAAGAUAAUAAUGCUCGCUCGAGUCGGGAGCAGUCUGUUGAUCUUGGAGAAGUUGAGAGGGAGAGGGUGAGGCAGAUUGUUCGUGGAUGGAUGGACAGCGGUAUGAGUGAUCGUACAUCGAAUCUAUCCCAACGAAAUGGUGGCAGUACUAGAGGAGAAUGGCUUGGUGAAACGGAACGUGAAAGGGUGAGAAUAGUGAGGGAGUGGGUGCAGAUGACAAGUCAGCAGCAAAGAGGGUCUCGAGGGGCACGAAGGGUUGACCAAACUGGUGGACGUGCUGAUGCUCAAGUUACUACCCGAGGUCGGGAAAGGUCAGUUGAUGAAGGGCAACCAGAACAUAUUCGCCGGGAUGUACUUAGGCUGCGUGGCAGACAAGCUGUUAUUGAUUUGCUUAUGAGGAUUGAGAGGGAAAGGCAGCGGGAGCUUCAGGGAUUGUUGGAACAUCGAGCUGUUUCUGAAUUUGCUCACCGGAAUCGCAUUCAGUCAUUGUUGAGGGGUAGAUUCCUCCGUACUGAAUCAACUGUUGAAGACGAAAGACCACCUUCAGUGGCUUCAAGUGAAUUAGUUCAAUUAAGACAGCGGCACACUGUUUCUGGUAUAAGGGAAGGAUUUCGUUCAAGAUUGGAAAAUAUUGUCCGUGGUCAAGUAAACGGCCAAUCUGAUGAUCCUAGUGAUAGUAACAACGAUCCUGCAAAUGAUCAGACUGAAACAGAUACUUCACAGGAUGUUCAGCAUCAGGAUAAUGUUCAAUCUGAACCUAGGACUCAAGAAAAUGAUGCCGGUCCAUUACCUGAACCGACCGAUGCCUCAGAAAGUAAUGCAGGCACUGAUAAUAUGAAUUGGCAGGAAACUGCUAACCAAGCUAGGGGUUGGCAUGAGGAAAUUACAGAUAAUGUGGGAGGAAACUGGCAACAGCCAGAUUAUGGUCCUUUCAAUGAAUGGAGAGAUGACAAUGCUGAACCUGUGGAUCAUAAUUGGCAGCAGAAUAGUGUUGAAAAUUGGCCCCAAGAAACACCUGGUAAUGUACAUAACGAACCAGGUCGUCCACAGGAAGCCCAGGGAGCUUGGCAUGAAGAUGGCUCUCGCGAGGCGGUAGAAACGUGGAUAGAAGGGCCUUCUGAUCCACCAAGAGCUCGCCGUUCUGUUCCAUUGAGAAGGUUGAAUAGAUUUCACCCUCCAGACGAUGAAAAUGUUUAUAGUAUGGAGCUUAGGGAGUUAUUGAGCAGGCGAAGUGUAUCUAAUCUGCUUCGGAGUGGGUUCCGUGAAAGUCUGGAUCAAUUGAUACAAUCAUACGUGGAAAGACGAGGUCGUGCUCCCAUUGACUGGGAUGUUCAUCGAAACUUGCCAGUACCAACUCCUGCUUCACCUGAGCAGGAUGAAGAGCAGCAGAGGGAUGAGGAUCAGAGUGAGGCGAUAAACAGACCGUCAGUGGUACUUCCGCCUCCACCAGUUCCACCACCCCAGCCUCUUUGGCACCAGGAUUUACAUCAAACUGGCUGGUCUCGUCAUAGCAUGCAUCGCUCUGAACUUGAAUGGGAAAUGAUCAAUGAUUUGAGAACAGAUAUGUCGAGGCUUCAUCAAGGAAUGAGCAACAUGCAGAGAAUGCUGGAGGCUUGCAUGGAUAUGCAGCUCGAGUUGCAGCGCUCUGUUAGACAGGAAGUUUCUGCCGCCCUGAAUCGAUCAUCUGGCGAAAAAGGAAUGGCUGCAGAAACAUCCCAGGAUGGGUCUAAAUGGGGUCAUGUGAAGAAAGGGACAUGCUGCGUGUGUUGUGAUAGCCACAUUGAUUCCUUGUUGUACAGAUGCGGGCACAUGUGUACGUGCUCGAAGUGUGCGAACGAACUGGUUCGAGGCGGUGGUAAGUGUCCACUGUGUCGAGCACCGAUCGUCGAAGUUAUCAGAGCAUACUCCAUACUAUAAAUAUUCUUAUGUAUAGAAAUAAAAUUGAAGGUAAAAGCAAACCGAAGAACUUUAGAGUUCUUGGCAUAGUGAAGAUGUAUAGCAGCAGUAUAGAUGUUUAUGGAGCCAGUGUCAGGCAGACUUUCCUUUGAAGAAAUAGGAAGGCUUUCUCAUCCACCACAGGCUUCCUCCCCCUCUGUGUCUCUUUUGUUCAUUUUGUUAAGAGAGUUUUCCCUCCUUUUUUGCUGGGCAGUUGUUCAUGCUGCUGUUUUUUGUAGGUGGGGAUUGCUCUUCUUUUUCGUUGUAUAAUUGGGAAGGUGAUAUGUUUAAACACUAAUUGGACCUCAUUUCUUCAUUCAUGCGUAAAUAAAAGAAUUGCUCUGGUUAUAAUCUAA